UUCCUUUCCAGGAGUCAUGUUGUAUAUAUUUUCCAUGUGCCGUGCAUCGAGGUGCUCGCCGUCUCCACACCGUCUCAACACUCAGCGUUCUGAAGCUCACAGUCUCAUUCUGCCAAAUCAACAUGAAGCUCGUGGUGAUCUUGGUGUGUUUAGUGGCCCACUCACUAACAGCCCCUGUUCCAGAAAGCGACAGUGAUGAGAUAGCAGAUCAGAGACACGUGAGCGUUCAGCUGAUGGAGUUGUACCGACUGUAUGAACGUCUGCUGCAGCAGGGAAUUGCCGCUCCAGCUCCACCUCAGCUUCAUGGAUUCUACCAACCUGAAGCUGCUGCUCCACUAAACUCUGAUGAGGCUGAAGAAGCUGAAGAAGCUGAAGCAGCAGAAGGAGCUGCUGAAACUGAGGUUGCUAAUGGUAGUGAAGGAGCUGAGCCAACAGCUGAAGAACCAAUUCCUGAUCCAACAACUGCUGACCCUGCUGCUCUUCCAGUUCAUGCCCCAGCUGAUCCUGACGUUGUUUUGGAUUAUCCUCUGGCAACAGAUGUUCCUGGUGUCGAGGUUAAUGUCCCAGAUCUUUAUGAUCCAGUAACAGCAACCGAAUCUCCUCCUCCAUAUUUUCCAUAA